UCCUCUGCUGCUGGCUCUGGCUGUAUAAAUAUGCUCCCCCUCCCCUCCCACCAUCCCCAACCUCCCUCCUCCUAUCCAUUUCAUCCACACCUCAGCCUCAGCUCACCUGCUCCGUCCGUCCUCCUUGGGAUUGGGAGAGAAGAGACCACGCGAAACUCCUCUAAAAAAUAAAAAUGAAGAGCAGGAGGCAGAGCGGCCGCGGAGGAGCCAUGGUCGCCGACGGGGGCUGCAAGAUGGAGCGCAAGGACGUGGAGAAGAACCGCAGGCUGCACAUGAAGGGCCUCUGCCUCAAGCUCUCCUCCCUCGUUCCGGCCUCCUCCUCCUCUGACCACCACCUCAGACACUAUUCUUCCUCGCCGCCGUCCAGCAACAAGGACGCGGCGACGCAGCUGGACCAGCUGGACAGCGCGGCGGCCUACAUCAAGCAGCUCCGGGGCCGGAUCGACGACCUCAAGCGCCGCAAGCAGGCCGCCCUCUCCGGCGGCACCGCCGGCUGCUCAUCCUCCGUCUCCGCCGGCGACUACAAGGCACAGACGACUUCGCUGCCGGUGAUCGAGGUGCGGCACCACGACGGAACUCUGGACGUGGCGCUGGUGAGCGAGGUCGGGCGGCCGUUCCGGCUGCACGAGGUGAUCGCCGUGUUGGAGCAGGAGGGCGCCGAGGUAGUCAGCGCCAGCUUCUCCGUCGUCGGCGACAAGAUCUUCUACACGCUCCACUCCCAGGCGUUCUGCCCACGCAUCGGCCUCGACGCCCGCCGCGUCGACCAACGGCUCCGCGGCCUCGCCGCAGCAGCCACCAUCUCGUCGUCGGUCCUCCUCACAUGAUAUCUUUCUUUGUUGUUUUUUCAUCAAUAGCGGCAGCUUAGCUUAGCUUAGUACUGCUCUACUCUGCUAGUGAGUGAGCUUCAGGUUUGUCUGAAAUCUACUAGUGCAGCCAUGUACUUGCAUAUCUUCUCCUUUUUUGAAUAUGUGAGAUAUCUUAGCUUUCA